CAGAACAUCAGAGUAUUUCGAGUCAACAGGUCAGGACAGAAAGGGUCAUGGCUGUUAACUACAUUGUCAUUGCCUUGCUAAUUGUCCCAGUGAUAUCUCAAGUGCCUCCUGGUGCGCCGGUAAUCACUGGACCACAGGUUAUUGUGAAGGGUGACCAGGUCUCUCUGACCUGUACUGUAACUGGAGGUUCACCUACACCAACUGUCACGUGGUUACGCGACAGUAUAGUAAUUGAUUCAUCAUCAUCAACCGCUGGAAAUACAGUAACAAACACGUAUUCAUUCACCGCUUCUGACGCUGAACAUCUCGCAGUUUUCGAAUGUCAGUCCGAAAAUGGUGUUUUACAGAAUCCAUUGUCUAGAACUAAAUUCGUGGAAGUCUAUAGAUCCCCACAGCCACCAGUUUUGACUGGACCAACAUCAGUGGUCCCAGGAACACCAACAACAUGGACCUGUACAUCAGUAGGAGGCUACCCAAUACAGACAAUGACAAUGAGAAUGGGGAAUUCACAGUUCACGAGCAAUCAGUUCACAACAACUACACAAUUUAUAACCAGUGACGAAUCCUAUACUGUAGUCGGGACUCUGCGCUUUGCACCAACAACAGCCAAUGAUGGGCAGACACUUUACUGUGAUGUUCUACAUACAGAAACAAGCACCACACCACAAACAGUCAGCUUGCCAUUGAGCGUGAGAUCUCCAUUGGCAGUGACAGCCCCUCGUACGUUCUAUAAUCCUGGAGAGACAGAGACCGUUACACUGUCAUGUAUAGUAACAAACGGAAAUCCCACUCAAAUCAGAUGGUACAAAAGUACUCAGCAACUGACUGUAACUGGUAGAUUCUCUGGAGGUACUGUCUCUAGUCCAUCAUUGACCAUAACAGGUGUCGCUAUGAGUGAUGCUGGUACCUAUAUAUGCGAAGCUACAGAUGGUAGUGCAACCGUUAGAACCAACAACAUCCAGUUGUCUCCAAUAGAACGAUCUGCAACAGAGUAUGAUAUCAUUACGACUAUCCUCAAUGGUUACAACAGACUUGUCAGACCCAUCGAUCCUGUAAACAACGUAACACACUCUUUGAUUCCAAAAGAAACCAUGGUCUUUGAUCCUAAGACACUUGUUUUUAAAGCCAUGCAGUGCGUCUCCUGGAAUGAUCCAAGACUUUCUUGGCCAAGAGGACAACCAAGAGUUAGCUUACCUUCAUCUGUUAUCUGGUUACCGGAUAUUGUUAUGUUAGGACAGGAAGUUAUGCACGAUUUUGAGGCCAAGGUGAUAGUUAUGAAAAACGGAGACGUGACGUAUUGUCCACAGGGUGUAAUUAGGUCCACAAAUUGUGAGGAAAAGUCGGGUUCAGUUUGGGAAUGCAACUUCAAAUUCCUAUCAUGGUCCUACGACAAAGUUAUGUUGGACAUUCACUUCCCAUCAGUCCUCACUAGACCGUCCAUCGAUAUGUCCAUCUACUAUGAACAUGAUGACUAUGAAAUCGUUAGUCAGUGUCCAGUACGACGUGAGAUGAGCUAUCCCUGCCGAGUUGGUACCUACCCUGAACUGACAUACACAUUUGUUAUCAGACGUCGUAGAUCCUACUGCAGAAACCUCAACGCAAGCCCAACUUGUAAUUAGAAGUUAUAGCUAGAUUGCAGAGGUUACAUAGUGAAUUCAAACUUGUAAUCAGUUAAGAUUGCCACCAAUUAUAGACUUAAACCAAGCAAUAUUGUGUCGAUUGUUGUCAUCAGUGAUGGUUCACAAAUAGAGCAGAUAUUAUUGUAUAUAGACAUUGAUAUAAGUGCAGAUAAUGCAAUGGUCGGAAAGAGUUUCCUUUGUAGGUUUGUAAAUGUUCUUAAUGUAUUAGACAAUUAUAUUUUAAUCUUGUUCUUUAUUAGCUGAUAGUGAAUUAUAUUUAUAAAAUUAAAUAGUUUAUAUUUUAAUAUAAUCAUAUUUCUGCCUACUAAUGUUGACCUCAAUUUGAUGAUAUUUUCCCAUAUAGCAGAAUGUUUUUGUAAAACAUGAAAUUAAAGAUAUAACAUCCAA